AUGUUAAAGGAAACAAAAAAGUUUAUUGGUAAAUCCCUUCAGCCAGCACGACCUGUGCAUCAUCUGUCUUCUAAACAAGCAUCAGCCAUUGCUUUAAACUUUCAGACUGAAUUACCUAGCAACACUGAAGUAUGUUUGCAGAGUAAGGUUGACUGGCUAUCUGAAAUGACUGAAGUGAAGAUCUUAACUCAAGCUAUGAUGUCCUGUCAACCAAAACAGCAUGAAUCAGAAGCAAAAAAAGAAAGGAUCAAAUACAGCAGAGAUUUCCUUCUGAAACUUUCAAGUGUUUCUCUCUCUCAGAAGAAGCCAGAGUUUCUUCCUGAUCAUCCAAUUGUACUUGAAAAGCCA